AUGUUGCGGUCUCUGCUUAUUGUGGGAAGAAACUUUCGGCCAAUUUCCCCGUUCCUGUCAGUCUUCCUGGUGGAGGAGAAGGGCUUUACAACAAAGGAAAUCGCAGACAGAAUUAUUCCGUGGUGGCUUUAUUCUAUGCUUGUCUUUUCCUUGAUACUUUCCUGGAUUGCUAAUAAACUCGGACUAUUAUGGACAAUUAUUAGUUCAGUCAUUUCUGAAAUUGCUGCAUACUUUAUUCUAAUAAGAAUGAAAAACAAAUCUAUCAUUAGCACAAUCCUCAUUGAGGUCUUUAUGGCAUAUAGAAACAGCACACUUGUUGCGGAUAAAAGAUUCUACUCAGAAAACGACCAAGGCAUGAGCGUGCAGUACAGCACAAUUAGAAAGAUAACUGGGAUUCUUUCUAGCUUUAUCUCGCAAAAUAUGUACUACAUCUCUGGAAAUAGCUUAUCUGCUGUCUAUCUGACCAUAUUCUCGCAAAUCCUUGUACUCUUCUGCAUUCUGGGAAUAUAUCAAGACGGGGUUUUGCCAAUUGACAGUGAGGAUGUCCAAAAGGAGAUAACCAUCAGUGCAAGCCUUCUUUCAAAGAUAUUCUCAUAUACAGGAGCAUUUACGCUUAGUGUGUGCUUUAGAAUAUACAUUGAUUUAAUUCUAAUUGAAAGAUCAGGGGAUACAGAGAGCCACUCCGGCAUUAUUGGAGUUAUACUAGAAAGAAUAUCAGGUAUAUUCUACUACAUAUCGUACGGACUGGUUAAGAUACUCUCCCUGGUGACGUCUUCUGUAAAGAUACAGGAGCACAAGAACAAGCAUAAGCCAGUCCAUGGUUACCUGGAGGGAAUAGCGCGUGUUUUGGCAGUGUGCCUGGCAAUUCCCUUGGUGAUUUACACGGGAAACUCAAAGAGAAACACAGAAAGCCUGAUGGUUGUCUCCUGGGCUCUGCAGAUUCUGGGGGUGCAUGCAUUAAAAAAGACAAAGAACAUGGUUGGGGGAUAUUUUGCAUAUCUUCUGUCAGUUAUUGGCACAAAUAUUACUCUCUACAUCUCCUAUAAUGAAAUAAACAAAGAAACGGACAGGGAGAUACUUGGAAUUAUGUCGUACAUUGGAGGCACCUCAGCUGCAGCCCAUACAAUAAUCGAUGUAAUAUCACGGCGCAACAAGAUGGCGCCCCAGGCCAGAUUUAAUAUAUAUGCAUACCUAGGGUGCACAUUGUUCGCGUGUGCAGGAAUGCUUUCAAUCUUCUCGCUUUACAGGCAAUAG